AUGUCAGGAAAGAAUGAGCAAGGGUUUAUUGACGUCAAGCAAAGGAAUGUUCUCAACGCACCACUGCACAAGCACCCCUCAGAAAGGAACGGCUCAUCUUCCCUUCCGCCCUCCUUCCAUGCAGGGAUGUGCGACAGCAGCAACCCCAUCGCCGCAAUCCUAACAAACGCCUUCCUCGACUUCUCCUCCUCCAACGGAACGGACCUGCGGAAAGCCGGCGUGGGCCCCGGCCAACGCUUCUGUCUCGAAGCUUCCAUGUGGAAAAAUGCAGUGGAAAAGGGAAUCGGAGAGAUGCCCAAGGUCAAGCUGGAAUCUACACAUAUCAAGGCAUUGAAUAGCGUAGGGUUAGACGUACUCAAAAAGUGGGCCGCGGAACCCGAGACUGAGUCUGCUCAAGACAAAGUGGUAAGGCCGGGAGAGGGAAAGGAGAAAUGGGCACGGGAAAGUAAUGACAUUGGAGCUAAGGAUCCAAGGUCUUGA